UGUCGCGGAGGCGCGGGAGGGGUAGACGCUGGGCCGCCGGCGAGCGCACGCUGAACGCUGCCUGGGCUGCCAGAGCCGGCCGCGCGGACUCGCCUGACGCUCGCCCUUCCUCUGCUGUCGGUCGUCUCCUUUAUCGAGGAAGAAAAAUGGGAUCUGUUGCAGUUGAUCCACAACCGAGUGUGGUGACUAGGGUGGCCAACCUGCCUUUGGUGAGCUCCACUUACGACCUGGUCUUCUCCGCUUACAUCAGUACAAAGGAUCAGCAUCCCUACUUGAAGUCUGUGUGUGAGAUCGCAGAGAAGGGAAUGAAGACCAUCACCUCCGUGGCCGUGACGAGUGCUCUGCCCAUCAUCCAGAAGCUAGAGCCUCAAAUUGCGGUUGCUAAUACCUAUGCCUGUAAACAGCUAGACAGGGUUGAGGAGAAACUGCCUAUUCUGAAUCAACCAACACACCAGGUUGUUGCCAAUGCCAAAGGUGCAGUGACUGGGGCGAAAGAUGCUGUGACCACUACUGUGACUGGGGCCAAGGAUUCCGUGGCCAGCACAAUCACUGGAGUAGUGGACAAGACCAAAGGAGCGGUGACUGGCAGUGUGGAGAGAACCAAGUCUGUAGUCAAUGGCAGCAUUAACACAGUCUUGGGAAGUCGGAUGAUGCAACUGGUGAACAGUGGAGUAGAAAACGCACUCACCAAAUCAGAGCUACUGGUAGACCAGUAUCUCCCUCUCACCCAGGAAGAGCUAGAAAAAGAGGCAAAAAAGGUCGAAGGAUUUGAUACGGUUCAGAAGCCAAGUUACUAUGUUCGAUUGGGAUCUCUGUCUACCAAGCUCCGUUCCCGUGCCUACCAGCAGGCUCUCAGCAGGGUUAAAGAAGCUAAGCAAAAAAGCCAAGAGACCAUCUCUCAACUCCAUUCUACUGUUAACCUGAUUGAAUUUGCCAGGAAGAAUGUGCAUGGUGCCAACCAGAGAAUUCAGGAUGCUCAAGAUAAGCUCUACCUCUCAUGGGUGGAGUGGAAGAGAAGCAUUGGCCAUGACGACACUGAUGAAUCCCACUGUGCUGAGCACAUUGAGUCACGUACCCUUGCUAUUGCCCGCAACCUGACUCAGCAGCUCCAGACCACGUGCCACACCCUCCUGUCCAACAUCCAAGGUAUACCUCAGAACAUUCAAGAUCAAGCCAACAGCUUGGGGGUCAUGGCAGGUGACAUCUAUACAGUGUUCCUCAAUGUUGCCUCCUUUAAGGAAGUGUCCGAUGGUCUUCUCACUUCUAGCAAGGGGCAGCUACAGAAAAUGAAGGCAUCUUUAGACGAUGUUAUGGAUUAUCUUGUUAACAACACACCACUCAACUGGCUGGUAGGUCCCUUUUAUCCUCAGCUGACUGAGCCUGAGAAUGCCCAGGCCCAAGGUGCAGGGCAGAACAAGGCCUACCAGCAGGCCCAGGAACCUGAGCACAAAACACAUUAAACUUGUCCCUGUCAUCUGUGCAAGGUACAGCCAGCCAGAUGAUACCUUCUGUUAUAUUGAAAUUAAUGUGUUAGACAAAUUGAAAUUGGGGAAGCAGGUAGCUAGAAAAAAAGGUCCUCCAUUAUAGUUUCAGCAGGAUAAAGAGCUGUAAGGUUUCUGGCAUUAGCAGAUAUGUUCUCUUGUUUACCUGGCUGGUACGAAAAGGAUGAGAAACUUGUCAGAACCUAGCCAGAACUCACUAAAAGUUCAAGUGCAGUUACGGUCUCAUUCUGUGGCCAUUGUGUUGCCACCAUUUCUGUAUGUUUAUACUAAAUAAAAAAACCUUCAAGUGGGCUGUGGUAUGAAUUGAUGUCUGCUCUGGUUUUGUCUGAGCAGGCCUUAUCACUGAUUUGCCUUAUAAUGCAUGCUUGUACAGCUUGGCUUUAAUUUUUUAUUUCUCAUAAAGGAAUUCCAUCUUUGAAUUAAUAAAAUUCACUGAAGAAUAGAUCAGUUUUAUGCUGUUUGUUCCAUGUGCUUUGUGUGUUGCUUUCAUAGAGCCGCUUGUUCUGCGUAGCAGGAUUACUAAAACACAUACACGAAUUCCAUUUGGUCUGUUGUGUAAAUUUGGCAGGGUGAUAACAUUGGAAGACUGUUGUUAAAAAUGGAAUGUUUGAUAACAGGUCUUAAAUUAAAAGCUGAUGUGCAUAUUAGAAUUUUACUAGGUGAUGUUUGUUCCCGUUAUUUGCCAAUUUACUGGACCCCUGAGAUUGGGCUUCUAAGCCAGUAGAAGGAUCUACUCAUAGCUGACGGCCCUGCUGAAAAUGAAUCAAAGCUGAAAGGAAGUGAGUGACUAUUUUCAUCAGUCUCACAUAAAGGCAGUAAGCAUUUCUCACCCAAGGACAACUUGAAGUAUGAGCCCUAGAAUGAGAUCAUUCAGCAUCCAUUUUCAGCUGAAUUUAACUUACGGUGUUGUCGUUUUGGAUGAAAGUUGCUAUCUUGAAUUGUCGGUGAGGUACAUUUAGAAGACCAUGGGCAAAUAAUAAGAAGUAAAAGGACUCUGGGACCCCUACAGAAAAGGGUCCUUAUGUCUCCUACCUAAGGUUGUAGUCCAGGCUUCUAGCCCCCUCAGUGUUGGUCAAUUAUUUAGGAAAUAAGCCGCAGUAUAUCAAACUAUUUAAAAAAAAAACCAAAUCAUAGAACGUGUGAAAUAGAGCUACAUGCUUCUGCUUGACCAUGCAUGCUAAAAAGGUAAAAAGGGCUGCCCUUCAGCAGACCUGAAGUCCAAGUCAAAUUCAUCUCCUCUUUUUGCCCUGGCUCACCUCUUUUCUCCCGUGAAAACGAAGCAGCACAUAAUUUUACACAUACCUUUGGUGUGAACGGGUCUGUCAAAACUUGUUAUCAAGUUAUGGGACUAAGUUUUUCCUCUCAAGAUAAUUUCAGGAAUCAGUAAACAGGUGAGUUGAGUUGGAAGGCAGGGAAUCAUUGAAAUACUUGAAGACUGCUCUUUAUUUUGCAGCCAAGAAGCUUCCAGCUCCUGGGAAGGGUGGGUUUUCAUGAUUUAUGGGCUUCCAGGACACAGCCUGUUCAUUUGCCUGCCUGUCUCUAGUGGCUGGCACAUUCUAGAGCCUCUGCUUCUUACAAAAAAAAAAGUUUUUUUCGUAGUCCGUAUCCAACACGCACCUACCCUUUUGCCUCAAAACUCAGGCUGUUAUUUUGUGGUUUAUUUUAAUUGGCUGGAAAAAUCAUAUGUACAGCUAUCCACAUGCUUCCUUGUCCUGGACAUACACCUUUAUGUUCCCCUGUUAUAAGAAUUUAAAUGACAGCUGAAUUCUUGUGAAAAGGAUACAGGUCCCAAAGGUAUGCAUGAUAUACAACAUACAAUGCAGAUCACUCUUGGGUCCACACAAGGAGCGCCAGCCCUUGCUUUUUGCCAUGAGCUUGCACAUUGGUUUUGUCUGUGUGUUUCCAGUUUGUGCCUAUGUUUGCUACGCUCAACUGUCAACAUGUCUCAAAAUUUGUGUCGUCCUUGUAUCUUGCAGUUUUACUGUGUGUAACUCGGCAGUUUUAGUUUAACAGACUUUUUCUCAAGGAGGACGAUUCUUUUGAGAGAAAAAGCUGACUAAACCUAGUGCAGUAUCUAACCAUGCAAGAUUCUUAAAUAUUUGGCUGAAUGAAGCCUGGCCCGGUGCUCUCAGCAUGGAUGAGAACACAUUGUCUUUCAGUGAGCCUUCUCCUGCCCGCUCUGCCAAUACCAGUGAUUAUUGACUGGGGAGAUGGAUUAUCAACUCUCUUCUGAGAGUUCAAGGGUUUUUUUUGUCCUUUGCAUGUAAUAAUAAUAUGGACUUCCUGGUUAGUCCUGGGCAAAAAAUCAGAGGAACACAGUGUAAUAGCCAUUAAUGUCUGAGCCUUAGUUUUCUCAUCUGUAAAGUAAGAUGAAUGAUGCCUGAACAUUUGAAGUGGUUGAGGAUGAGGUGUCUUUCUAAUUUGCAUAAGGGUAGGAUGUGGACUAGUGGUGGUCCUGUAGGAUGCAGCCUACCCUUCCAGGACAAAGUGGAGGGUGGGGCCACUAGAGGCCAGGAAGCACCAUCUGUGGGACAGUGACAAGUAGUAUCUAACUGACCGGUUCAAGUUGCCAGUUAGGUGUGAGUACAUGAUACUAGAUCAUGAUUAGAAAAAUAUAUCUACUUUGAAGAAGUGUUAUAGAUAUUGAAGAACGAAUGAAGUAAAAAGGAAAAUACUAAAAUUUAGUUUCCCUGAGAUACCCCUUUUAGAGUACUACGUAGCUCAUGGGCGGGGGCAGGAAGGGAAAUAGUGAGGGGAGAAAGAAGAAGGAAGAACGUAUUUGUGCACAAAUGUUUAAGAAAUUGAGUCUAAACGAUGUCUGGGAGAGCAGGUGUGGGAGAUGGACAGGAAGGCCUGCCAUCAGUGCCCUCGGUGGCACUGGGACGAGUCCCACUGGGCCUCUGUUCUGAUCCAGCUCCUUAAUAUGCAUAGGUGAUGCAGAUUAGGGAGAUAUGGAAUCUAAUAUAAUGAAAUGCUUUGAAUCUCAUAGAGAAGGCUAGUCUUGUAGAAUAGACCUUCUAGGUUCUUUGGCUUUUUACUGAUGACAGAAAAAUGCUUUCUGAGAGAGCCAUGUAAAAGAUGUUAGAGCAUAUUAUCCUAUAAUACGUACAUUUUGGCCUAACAUUGAAAAACCUACUUGGUACAUUCACUGGGUAGUCAAUGUGGAUAUGUAGGUAAUUAUAUUAUUAUAGAUAUGUAGCUGCAUUAACCAAAUGGUUCAAUUCAAUACUUGAGUUUCUAAUAGUGUAAGGCAUAAACUCUUCUGGAAAUGUAAAAUGUCCUCAAAAAACUUACAGUUUUAGGGAAAGAUUGUUGAUGAAUAUUUGAAUGAUAUUCUGGUAUAGAAUGCUGUUUGCCCGUUACCAUUAAUGGCCCUCGGCUGCUGAUUUUCCAACUCCCUGCCUUUAUUACAAAAUUAACAUGCCAAAUAUGGCACUUCAACAGAAGGCAGUAUAGGAAUGGCAGGGCAGCAAUUUGAGUUUCAAGUUUUCUUGACCGAAGCAAAAGAGAAUGCCGACUUAGAUUUUCUUUAAAGGGAGGAUAAAAUGUCUAAAGACUUCCAGAACUUAAGGAAAUGAGGAAGGUGGUAGACAGUGUUGUUAAUCGACAUCUUACAAAAGUGUAAUAAAAAAACGGACUUUUGUGUAAAUAUCCUUGAGGAAGAGUUUCCGUUUAAAUUAUAAUUUAGCAUUAAUAAGAGCAGAUAUUGACUAGUAUGAAUCAAGCACUUUCCUUUUUCAUUGUCUGCUACACAGGAAAGAGCCCUGGUGGCAUAGUAGUUAAGCACUUGGCUGCUAACCCAAAGGUCAGCAGUUCAAACCCACCAGCCACUCCACUGGCAGUCUACUUCUGUAAAGAUUUAGUCUUGGAAAUGCUAUGGGGCCUUUCUGCCCUAAGGGUCACUGUGUGUUGGAAUUGACUCAGUGGCAAUGGGUUUGGUUUGGGUUAUACUACAUAGGCUAGAGCAUGGAAAAACUCAGCUAAGGAGGCAGCAGACACAUCUAUCAGACCAAGUCCUCUGUGUAAAACGGCUCAAGUGAUCUCUCUGCGGAUAAAAUCAUGUUGUUUUUCAGGGAGCCUUCCCCUGCCCGCUCUGCCUAUGCCAGCGAAUAUCAACUUGGGAGACUAAUAAAAUGUAGAUUCCUGAGUCCCACCCCUUCAGAGUCUAGUUAGUCAUCUAGAGGUAGGACCAUGCAUCCAGUUUUAAAAAGCACCCAUUAAAAAAACAGACAAAAACAUCCCUAGUGAUUCUAAUGCAGGUGACUGACUGAUCAUACUUUGAGAGCAAUGAAAGCUUUUAACCAGAAACAAGAAUAGGGAUAGGGUUAAUUUUUUUUUUUUUUAUGAUGAGAACGAUUUGCUCAACUUGAAGAAUCUAAUCAAUGUCAUUGAAUUGUAUGUGUAGAAACUGUUGAACUGUUGUAUGUUCUGCUGUGUAUAUUUUCAAUAGCAACAACAAAAUUGUUUUUUAAAAAAGGAAAUUAAAAUUAAAAAAAAUGAGGCUAGCGUUACCUGUAGCCCUUACUCAACAAACAAGACCCUCAAUGUGGGCUCCAUAAAAUGUCUUAUUUUAAAAAGACUUACUUCCUGAUGAACCUGCUCAAAUGAAUCAAAUACACAGGGGUUAACAUUGACUAGGUGAAUGUUACCCAACAGUUAUCAAGAAUCAUUUUAAUUGUGUUGUGAUCAGUACUAAUCUGCUCUCUAGGCUGAGAGUUCUAACUGCUUCCUUGGACUGUUGGUCGCCAAGGACAAAGCAUCUGUGUAAAAGAGGGUAUUCCUACUUUAUCACUGAGGCAGGGGGUGUGCAUCUAGUCUACUCAGCUGGGCCAAAUUCUUCGGGUAAAAGGUAAAGAGAGAAUAAAGCAGAACCAAGAUACUUCUGAUCCUUCUAACUUGGAAACACAUAAUCAAGCUGCAUAAAUAACCUAUUAUGAACAGUGAGAGGUUUCUGUCAAAAUCCAACUCCAUCAGGGUUAGUCUUACAUAUUUAGUGUUGUAACUAACCGUUACCACUUUGCACGACCCUUUUAUCAACCUGUACGUUAGAAUUACUUUUAUACAAACAAACCAAAAUUUUAGUUUUUCUCUUUUCACUUUAUUAGUUCUUUAUUAAUUAGAUAUUGUUUUAAAAUAAAUCAAUAUUCCUGAUCCUCUGUCACGUUUACAGGCACUGCAUGCACACUCACCUAUAGCAGCCACCGAAACCCCCCCAGUUGGUGUUGCUGUUCCUUUAGUAGCCCCACCCAUGCUGGGCCCUUGGCCACCACUAGCCUACCUUUAUGCAAACUAGAAAAAGGCCCCCUAUCCUCAACAUGCUUUAGUGCCACUCCCUGGAAAACUGUCAUAACGAAUAUGCAGAUCUGUGAAGUCUAUCAUACGAAAGGUACUCCAUAAGAUUGCAUGGUAUACAAACCGCAGAAAAAUUUAUGCUGUGUUCAGGGCAUCCUAGCAUGGUUUUCUUGAAUAGAAUAUCCUGCUGGUUUCCUGUCGUUGCUAGGAGGGACUAUAGUUACCUGAUAAGUUCCCCAGUAAGCAUCUGAUUCUGAGUUGGGCCUCCAUCCCCCAUGGGCAUUGUCAGUAAGAGACACUUUACAUGCCUACUUUGAGAUUCCAUAACUGUAUUUUCCAUUUUUGUCAAUGGAAAAGAGAUUUAAUUUAGAAAUCUGUGGAAUGGUUCUACUUGUGCCACAUUUCUAAAAACCCCACGAAAUGGUUAGGCAAGACCACCAGAUUAUAAAUUAAAGUUACCAUGGAAACUUGAUAGAUUGUAAUCACCUCUUAGCUGUCCCACCCUCCCCUCUUUCCUUCACAGCCUUCAAGUAGGCUUUAGUGAUAGCUAGGGAUAAUGGGAAUUAGACCUCUCAAUCAUCCCGGAUGUAUGGUAGGCAGAUUAGUCAUCUAGCUCUCCUAAACCAUUUUGGGACUAGAGGUACUUCUUUUGAUAAUGGAGCUGGGGUAACUCUUCUCCUAAAAGCCUGCUGUCUUUCCAAAAAAGUAUGUGGGACCUCCAGCCUCCUGCAAAGAACUAUAGUUUAGGUCAACAGUAUAUGGUCUGUAGUUGACUUUUGAGGUUCAGUGGGGGUAUUUAAGGAACUAAAAAUAAUAAAAGCUACUGUUUAUUGAGCUAUCUUUAUUCCCCACCUACAACCCAAUCAGGAUUUUCCUUAUCUGAGGGAUAAGGAAACUGAGGUUGAAAAGGUUGAUGCACGCAGGAUGGGAAGAUAGUCCGACAGUCUUACUGAUGUCAAAGGCCCUAUUUUUUCCAUUUUAGCACUCUAGAACUCUGAUAGGAAAAGACUGCAGCUUGCGUCCUUGUUUGGGGCCCAGAAAAUUCCUCUUCUUAUAUGCUUUUGUGUCAUAGCUUUCUAUUUUACUAAAAAUGAAUAGAAUGAUAUUGGAUGUCAAAAUAUACCUUUAAUAGAAAUAGUUCAGAGAUAGCUAAGCAAGGCACGUCUUUUAACACAAAAAAGUUAAAACUGCAAGAGUUGCUUGCCUAACGGUGCCCUGAACCCAUUCGUGUAAGCAUUGCUGGCUUUUGUUGAUGUCAGGCUGGAUAUGAUCUUUACAAAGUGAACGUUCAUGAAGAGCUAAGGUGCAGCUUGAUCUCCCUGAACUGAAAGCCUCAGGAGGAAACAGUGGACAUUUGUACCUCAGCCUGCAUACUCCUCUGAGCACUUGACUUCUUAGGAGGUGCAGUAAGGGCCACAAACAGGCAAAGCGCCCAAUGAACAAAGCAAGAAUCUCUCUACUUGCGUGUGUUUUAAGGGAUUUGUUUGUUUGUUUUGUUUUGUCUCUGUUAGGUAGUCAGCUAUUUUUUUCUAUGCUAUCAAGAUUUCAGCCUUAUAUCAAGAUUCUAGUAAUAUACCUUACUAAUUUUCUCCUUUUCACUGGAGAUUGGUUAAGAACUUAUCAAAAUUGUAUGUAAGAGUCAAUUGAGCUUCUUAGCCCUAAAGCCUUUCCUAUACAGGGGAGAGCCAGGGCUUUGUGAUGCCUAUUUCAACUGUUAAAAGACCUUUUCUUUCUUCAGUUCAUGGACAUCUGAAGAGUUUAUAUUAUUAGAAGUCAGACUUAUGGAUAAGGGACAUUUUAUUAUUUUAAAAAGAGUAAUAGAUUAAUAGAUAGUAGACAAAUCACCAGAAAUGUUUUAUAUCUUUUUUUUCGAGCCUCCAUUUAAUAGGUUACACCAGCAGUUUCCAUUUAAAGAGAAAUUUCCUUAGUGCUUUUAUAAUAUGAGUGAAUUGUGGGAAAAAAAAAAAAAGACUACACAAAAUCUUUUCAGAAUGCACAGUUAUAGAUAAAGCAAAGUUUACCCACAUGCAGUAAUUAAUGUCUCCAUGACCUCACAGGGGCCAGUGGCUCAUUUCGUUAGUAUUUGUUUUAAUAUCUAAGAUUCUUC